AUGCCUCUUUUUGAUCCGAGCCACAAAACCAUCGUCCAUUGUGGUCAAAUCCUCUUGGUGAUCGUGAUUAUGGCCCUGUCUGGGGCUCGCCUCGUGCUCUCCGGGGGAACUGCCCGAACUGGAGCUAGCUCUAUGGGACUAGGAAUGGGCGCCAAAUCCCUGGUGAUUAUCCUCUACCAACUGCUUUCGGAGCAUGUCUCCUCCUUUAAGAAAUGGGCGAGCCUGAAGGCGUAUCUGAUCCUGAACUCGCUGGAAAUCGUGUUCUGGGCUGCCGUGAUGGUUUUGGUCCUCCAAGGCAAUAUUCAGGUGUGCGAGGGUACGACCUGCGCUUUGGGAUGGGUCGUGGUCGUGUUGUCGGUGUUGAUGAGUCUUCUUUCGACCUACACAGCUACUAUUUCAUACAUGGACUAUCGAUUGUAUAAGGCUGGGGGGAAACAUCGGGAUUCUUCACUCGAAGAGGGCUAUCAACUGUGA